AUGCAAGCCACCUUCCCUUCUGCAAACACCCGAACCUAUCAUGAUUUAAAACACGAACGCCAUCGCCUACGACAAGAAAAUCGAAGAAAAUUCCUCGAUUAUUUAAUUGUACAACGCUUUUUAAAUUCCGAUUCAAGCCUAAAUAUCCAUUCCGAUUUUCCAUUCAUUGGUCAUGAUGAUGAAACACAACUCUCCAAAAGUACGGACCACAAUAUUAUCUCGGAACAACAUCUUUCCAUUCAAAAGAAAAAACAUGAAUUCUUGAUGAGAUGGCUUUAUUUACGAGUGGUGCAAAGGCUUGAAGAGCGAAAACGAAAUUUAAUGAUUGCCAAAUUACAAAAGCUCUUUCAAAUGCAAUUGGCCUAUCAUUUAAAAUCCAGUUCACGGAGACUCAAAAAGAUGAUUCAAAGUAUUCCGUGCGAAUUUGUAUUGAUAUUUUGGAAAAAAUUGGAAUUUUGUGUGAGACAUGUGAAGAAAACUUUGAGAUCCAAAGAAAACAUGAAUACUAAUAAUGGAAAAGAGAGGGAACGAAUUUGGCGUACGAGUAAUGAAAACAUUGCACAACAACAUCAAAAAGUUGCCAUAUCUACUGCUCCUCUUCAUGAAUCAUCUACUCACCACACUGCAAGUGAAGAUUUCAUGUUAAUUUAUUCAACAAAAUUCGAGGACCCAAGAGACGGAUUUUUUGGAAUUUCUAAUUCAACAGAAACCAUUAACCAAGUAGAGCCACAAUAUUCACAUCCAACAACAAUCAAGCCACGCCUUGGAAAAAUUCUAGUUCUCACUCGUUGGGAUGGCAUUGAUUUAUUACCUCAAAAUUUUCUUCACUUCUUUACUGAGCUCUCACAUCAAUACUCGCCAGAGAGGCGAGUUAAGGCUCUCUAUAUGAUUUCUCAAAGUGAGCAAUCACAAAAGAAGGAAAUCAUUAAGCUUCAUGAUAUAAUUAAUACUUUCAAAAAUAACGCUUCACUCCUGAAUAUUAUGGAGAGAAAAUUAAUUACAUGGACUGGAAACAAUGACUAUUGUUCAUUGUACGUUACUUGUUGCCACUUUAUGAAAAAUUUAUUGGCUGGCUCCUGUCUUCGUUUGGGAGUGAGAGGCGUACGAGAGAGAAAGGAGCAACAGUUGUAUGAAGCUCUCGAGUUUGCAUCCGUGGAAGUUCAAAGACAUGUCAUUUCCAUGAAAAAAGCUGACGAAAAUUUUGAUGGAAAUAUUACAAUGGAAAUGAUGCAACUCUCCUCUCAACAACUCUUGAAAGAUUAUGACGGACAAUAUCACACACUGUUUCACUUGUUGAGGCCUUUUAUUUUUGAAAUGCACAAAAUUGCUACGAUACGAUGGUUUUUGAAAAGGUUACUCAAGGUCAAGAAGCAAACACGUUUAAAUCAAAUUGUUAAUGAAUAUUAUUCGAGGUUGUCAUGGUUGGAUUUAUGA